AUGGAGCGACAGGGGCUCGGGUGUCGGAUCUGCCACCUGGCCGACGGCGACGGGCACGGUGAGCUGCCCGAGCGGCUGGUGAGGCUCGGCUGCGGUUGCCGCGGCGAGCUGGCGGCGGCGCAUCACCGCUGUGCCGAGGCGUGGUUCUACGUCCGGGGCAACAGGCGUUGCGAGAUCUGUGGCGAGAACGCGAUGAACAUCACCGGCGGCGGCGGUGGCGGCAAGCAGUUCAUACGGCAGUGGCAGGACACGGCGGCCGUCGAUGGUGGAGGCUCAACCAAGGCAUGCGGUGGCUUCUGCAGGAGCCAGACGUUCUGCAACUUGCUGAUUGUGUUGCUCAUCAUCGCGUGCCUGUUGCCGUGGUUCUUCCAUAACCACCUGAUUUCAAAUCGUUUUUAA